GCAAAACAUUAACAUCUAUUACAUCUCGAUGGACGUGUUCAGAUGGUAGUCUAUUUUUAGUUCAAUUUUCAAGGGAUUUCUCCGAAAUACUGGGUAUUUGUAAGGACCUUACAAAAUCAAACAGAAAAUGGACGCUAAACAAAAGGAGAUUAUUUGGCAGUAUUAUCACAACCAUCCAACAGGGAAAGAAAGAAAAAGGAACACAGCCGGCAUUGUUUUAGACAUUUUUGUAAUUACACACUGAGAGACGCUACUGGAAGAAAAUUAAUAUAUCCGACCGUGUAUCGGCUACUGUUUUCUUUCUACACUCGGCUGUCAACAACAAGAUUACGUUUCUUUGUUUAAAUAGAAAAACAAUGAAAGAGUGCAAGAACUUUCCAAUGCAAGGGAAAUGGCCAGCUUAUUUUAAAUAAAGUGCAAAGCGGAUUAUAGGAAAAUCUUUUUAUGCGUCGAGUUAUUGUUAGUGUAGACAAAUCUGCAACAGAAUUCAGAAACUGCGGAAUGAAUAAUUGAUCGCGGACCAAAAUGGAUAUUUAUGCUGGCACUUGUCCUGAGGAGCUAUAGGUUUAAUAUCGGCAUAAGAAUUAUAAAAUCGGCCAAAUGUUUACUUAGCCGGUCUUUAGCCGUAAUAACCAAAUAAUCUUGGACAUAAGCGUUCUGUUCAAAUACCGAGUUAACAACACGGGGUAGACGGUGAUUUAUUAAAGGGAGUAUAUUGAGUUUUUCACGAGCUCUAGAUUCAUCGGAGAGUAGCGUGUACACACAGGAUAUCUAUACGGAAACGGUGUUCAAUUGUGGAUAGGGAAUAUAUUGGUCCUCACUUUGGAAAUGAAUUCAUCCCAGUAAAAAUAACCUGCGAUAAUGUGUGUGGCCUGUUACUGGGGACUGUGAAAUGUUACCGUGUGACACCUUGGAAAUUAAAGGUGUUUCUUUGGAUGUCAGGUUUAUUUCAGUGUCAAGAAUUAGAGAUUUACAAGAGGUAUGUGUUUAACUGUCCAAAAUAUACAGAAAAUUAUCAGCUCACCAUUUUGUUUAGUUCACACGCCCUUGUGUUUGAUGUUACACAGCCGUCGAAAUAAACAUUAAAGGAUAUAUUUCACCAGGAAAGAGAUCUACAUACUCAGUGAAUGAGUGGUUGUGCUUUAAACACUUUGAAGUGCCGAUGGCAGCAGGUAUAUUGUUACAUUAAAAUUUCUUCAACUUUCAAGAAAUAUUUAGGACGAUAUUGACACCAUGAAACUGACACCAGGGGAUGCAUAUAUUAAAUUUCCUUUCCACGCUUGAGCGAAUUCUCACCUGCCUUUUUGCGUUCUUGUCCUUUAGCAGACUUGAAAACUGAAUUCACAGGAAAUGUUUUCAUCUUUAUUAAUAGGGAUUCUGCUAUUUAUCUUCACCCAAUGGACACAAGGUGACCAGGUGAGAAGAACAGACGUCUGCAACAACAGCGGGAAGUUUCUGAAAUGCGAAGCUAACCAAGUCUUGAAAAUCGAAGAUGUUAUCUGCAUGCCCAAUAAUUACACCUGUCCCGAAAAAGACCGAGUUGUGUCGAUUUGCGAAGGUCAAAGGUCAUGUGAGAGUAUUGGUUUGAAACAACAGUUAUGGACAUACUGUCAAGACCAGCCAAGCAGAACGGUACUUGUGGAUUUCACGUGCGAAUCAGUAAAGGAUACUCCUUUAUGCCGUACAAACCUAUGUAGCGAGGAAAGCAAGGGGCUUCUGUGUCCUCCAGGGUCCAGUAUUCAUGUUACAAAUCUAAAAUGUGGGACAAUGAAUCAGCGCUGUCCCUGGAACCUACAUCAUGUCAUCUUUCCCACGUGUGAAGGAAAACAACACUGUCCCGCUUCCGGUCUGAGGAUGCUGGGAUUUGAGAGGACCUGUAAAGAGCCUUUUGUGAUUGCCGAUUACAUCUGUAUUCAAAGUUCCGUCAUACACGGAACAUGCACAGGAUACUCACAGACACUUCCCGCCAGAUUUGGUAUCAUCAAAAGCCCAGGCUUCCCACAAAACCCUGACGGAAAUCCAAAUGGUUGUGUAUGGAAAAUGUCCCUUGGUCUGGGCAAAAGAAUAGACAUCAGUGUUCAUUUGGCAUACUCCCGUGAAGAAACAGAGGGAAACACGUGCUCAGCUAAAUUUCUGCACGUGCAAUACGUAGACUGUCGUACAAUGACGUCAGUGACGGAAUACUUCUGUCAAACUCACGAGGUCAAUAUUUCCCGCCAGUCUUGUGGUGACGUCAAAGUUCAGAGUUACUCUUACUUCAAAGGAGAUGACAGAGGAAAUAGGUUCCUUGUGUCGUAUGAAGUUGUUGGAUAUGAUCCCAAGGGACCCUCAUAUGUGCCUUACACUCUUCCAUGUGGGGUAACGACCGGAAGUGGCUUUUACGCAUCCUCCAAGGAUGUUAAAGACGGCGGUUAUUUAUCGUCUGAUAACUCUCCACAAGGAAAUGGAACAGUUGUAGAAUUUUCAUUCAAUCCAAGGCGAUUUUCUCUAAUUCUGAAAAUAGUGAUGAUAAACUUUCUUCUGUUCGUUGUUGCCUUCAUUCUUGUCAUGACCAUCUGCAUUGUGUGUUACAAAACACGGCAGAUAGACAGAAAAGGCAAUUAUGAAGUAGCUAAAGAAUCAAAAGACAAUAAUAAACCAAGCACAUCAAAUAAAGAUGUGAGAGAAGACACUAAAGUAUUACUCGGAGAUAAUAAUGAAAGUACUGUAUCAAAUAAAGCUAGUAACCAUUUCUCUGCAGUUCAAAAUAGCAAUGCUUAUGAUGGAAUAUACAAUGAAAUCAAACCAGAGGAAUUACGAGAAGCAACAAAAGUAUAUCAACGAAAGAAAAAUCCUUAUGCUUCCUAUGAUAGCCUUGAUUUCGAAGAUGGCGUCUCAGCUGAAAUGGUUGGUGGAAGAAGAUAUAGUGCAAGAUGUUCAGCGGAAAUUGUGGUGGCCAGUACCUCUCCAACUUCUCACACUACCACUGAACAGAAUUCAAAUCAGACUAGUCAACCAGACAAUCAUAUUAUUGUCGGGGAAAAUGGUGUUCCCCAUGUCAAAAUCAAUAAUGAUUUUUACGCAAUCGUUCAAAAACCGAAUAGCCUUAGAAACAGCAAAAGUAGUCCUCAUCCGAGAAAUUCCUUUGAGAUGGUUACUCAUAGUAAUCAUGUCAAUGGUUCAAAUGGGGGUCCUUUUUCAUCCUCCGGGGCAUUACCACAACAUGACUGUAUGUUGCAUGAAAUUCACUGCGGGGUUCCCCCCUUUCCUAAUCCAGAGUCAUAUGAUAAUAUGAGACUAGAAAACACGCAGUCCUCAUCAUUGGCGUAAUUUUACAGCUUGCAAUCAUUUUUUUUCAUCCAAAAAUCACAUAUAUCAUAUAUCUAGUCGUAUGGAUAUUCAGGGAUCAGAUUAGUUCCGAGUGAAUUUUUAUGGAGCUAGUAUUCAGAGUGCUGUUUCGUGAUUCAUAUUUUUUAAAAACACGCAUCUACUCAAAAGUUUCAUCUGAAGAUCUCGUCAGUCUUUCUUGCACCUUUAAAGAUUUACAAAAAAAAUAAAUGUAAAGUUGGCAGGUGAAAUUUUAUAUGAUUAAGAUUCAAUUCUACUUUUAGAAUUUUUGUUUUAGAUUGGAUCAAUUUACACAGGUCAGCAUAUAAUUCUAUUAUUUAUUCUUUAAAAAAAACUCAAGUGCUGAAUGGAGUGUUCAUUUAAGCUAAUCGGGAAGUGUAACUAAAAAAGAAGUGUAUGCAAAUAUAAUACGGAGACGCAUCCGUUCUUUUUCUUUUAGCAGUAUUAAAAUGAUGCAAGAAUAUGCGUAACAAUAUCCAAGAGAAAUUCCAAUGUAAAAAGUCUUGCCAGGUUCAUCUACUAGGAAGUGCAAUAUAAGUGCCAAAUAAAUCGAUUAUUCAGUCUCA